GUGUGUGCUCUCUGUUUUCAGAGCAGCAUUUACCCUCGAGGACGCAGGUUUGGUCGUUCGGCUCUUGGAAUCGAAAUUGAAAUUUCGCACACAGAACACAGUUCGCGUUGUACAUUAAAUUCUCUUUACGUCGCGUUCGUCGUCUUCCGUGUGUUGUGUGUUUCUGUUGUUAUUGUCGUCUUUUUCGGGUGUAUAUUUAACAAACGUUACGAUUACUGUUCACUUUUUUUUCACGUGUGUUAACUGUUACAUACUUGGUACUUGGUACUCAAAUAACAAAGUCAAACAAAUAAAGCAAGUUAAAGAGAACACAAAAAAAAAAACAAAAAUAAAUAAAAGAGGCAACGCUAUUUGUGGUCGUUGUUGUUGUCGCCCAGCAUGUGGAGUUACAGUUAACUGUAACAGUUAACGGGGAGCAAAAGAAGGUGGAGAAAGAGAAUCAAGAGGAGGCGAAACAAAAAGAAGGAGAGGAUUUACUGCUCCGCUUGACUAAAUGCAGUCGACGCUGCGAUUAUUAUGUGCCAGCCCCAACAACAACAAGAGCAACAACAACACUUGAUACGAAAAUAAACAAACAAAAUCAAUCAAUUAAUCAAUCUGCUGAGCACACCGCUCUCCACGCCCACACACACGCCCACACACACGCGCAAAAACACACAACAAAACAACACACUGACACACACACAUAUAUACGAACACACGAGUCAACGCCCACGCCCAUUGGAGAAAAAGAGGGAGUGGCAGGACAACAAGAAAGGAGGAGAAGCAGAAGAAUAACCAGGCAAAAAGAGGAGCCAGAAUCAGAAACAGAGGCACGAGGACGACGACAACAUGUUCCACUCACUUGUUUUGAUGGCCUGCGCCCUUGCCGCCCUCACAUUCGCCCAGGAGGCGGUGCCCUCUCGAUCGAAGUCUCUAUCACUAUCGGCAUCGGUAUCGGUAUCGAGACCAGGAGCAGACCCAACAUCCUCCGCCCCUGCCCCUGCCCUGGCAGCCGCCCCCUUUACCGGCAAACAGCUGAACAGAUGCCGUCAAAGUUGCUAUCAGCAGCUUUCCAAGGACUGGCAUUAUUGUAAGGAUUCCGUUGAUUGCACAAACUGCUGCCAAAAGCUAGUGGCACCUUUCGAGCUGAGAAUUCUAAAGGCCCAGCGUCAGGAGUCGCUCGUCCUCACAGAUAUCGGCUGGGAUGAGUUGAUAGCGAAUGCCUCACGCCAGUGCCUGGUCACCUGGGAGGUGUCCGGUGGCGGCCUCAUCGGGAAUCUACUCACCGACACAGCCCGGGCGGAACUGUCCUUGUGGCCGGACACAGUCUACAAUAUCCAGGUCAAGUGCAAGCAUAAGCUCACCGGUGUGAUGCGCCGUUCGAUUAAACUGAAUGUGGACACCAGUCAGUUGGUGGGCACAACAACGACCACAACUACGACCACGCCAAGGACACAGGAGCAAACAGAGCAGUCUGUGGAGCAUAACGAUCCCUUGGAGCAUUCUCAACGCAUCCAUAUACGACCCACGGAUCGGGUAUAUAUAAUCAGUGCCCUGCCCACGCCCAGCGAACUGGGCGGUGUGGUAUAUCCGGCCUUUGGAGCCUUGGCCUUCUUUUUGGCCCUGCUGGUUAUGUUCCUGUUUUUGCGUCCGCAGCGCAAGCGUUUCCCCCUGGAUGCGGACAGUGCAGACACGGCCACAUUGAUAGGUCGAACCUCAUGCUCCAGGAAUUCAUUGGACGCCUCCACGCUGCAUGUCUAAGGAGGAUAAACCAGAGAACUUGUAGUCGUAUAUAUAUAGAUGUCUGACUAUGUGAUAUUCUGCACCCCAAAAAGCAAAGGACGCGAAGACAACUGUGUACAUACCCCUCACCGCGUUAGUUAGUCUUAUUCCCACAACCCUCCCCCUCCCCCUCCCAAAAAAAAAAACGUAAAAUUAAAAAAGUCCUGUAUUGUUUUUCGAUAGGAUAGAUCAGAUCGAAUCGAAUCGAUUCGAAUCGGAUUAGAAAGUCAAGCAACGUUCGCUCAACUAAGUUUAAGUUUUAUCCUCUGCCAUUCGUAGAUCCCAAUGCCAAACCAGCGCAGUCAUAUAAACACGCAUGAUUAACGUACAUAGCUCUAUAUACAUAUACCAACUAUAUUAUACACUUAACGCAUUUACUAUAUACAUACAUAUUUAUAUAUAUAUAUAUAUAUAUAUAUAUAUAUCAUAGUUAUACAAGCAGACGCAACUAAAGAUACAAGUGCAGAUCAAGAUCAAGAUUAAGAUACAGAUACAUUUACGUUAACGGUUACGGUUACGGAUAUAUAUAUAUAUAUAUUAUAUUAUAUUAUUAUAUUAUAUAUAUUAUAUAUUAUAGACUAGGGGCCAGCGGCCAACCAACUACAUACACCAAACUAAAUGCAACAAAUUGCUACAAAUUUUUUGUCAAUCGUCGUCGCUCGCUUGCAAACAUACAAACAAACAAACAUUUGUUUUUAUCUCAGGAUAAAAAAAGAAAACAAGUGAAAAACCAAUUAAUACAAAUACAAAAUAUCAUGCAUCUCUUUUUAAUUUUUCGUCGUCUUUAAACUUAAAUUAAAUAUAGCGCGUAAAAGAAAAAGAAAGAAAAUUGAAAACAAAAAAUCUAGCAAGGUAAACCACUUAAAUCAAAAGUAAAUAUUUUUCAAAAUUUUUAAAUGUUUAUACCUAGACAAACGCAGUUGAAUUAACAACAAAGUAAACUAUUAUAAAUGACUUACUGUACUUGAGCAUGUAAAAAAAACAAAGUAACAAAGUAACUAACUAAACUAAACUAAACUAAACUAAACUACGGUAAAUACGGUUAAUACGGUUUAUUAAAGAUCUAAGCUGAGAAAACUUCGCUACGCAAAAUGCCUGUAAAUAUUUUAGCCCUAAUUUAUUUAUAUUCAAUGAUCGAUUGUUUUGUUAACCUAUGUUUUAAGGGAGACAUUCAGGAAAAUGUAAAGUUUUUCCCCGGGUGUGGAAGAAGAUGGUUGCCUAGCUCCAAGGAAUAUAAAUGGGAGUCCUUUUCUUUAGUAAAUAGAUAUGAUUAAUGGAGUGUUCCUGCUUUUGAUGUUUCUAUUUCAAAUAUGUAUAAAAAAAAGUAACGUAUGUUUUAAUGUCUGCUCCAAUGGUUGUAGUAUGAAUUAGUGAACUUCGAUCAAAUAUAUAUCAAAAUAAGUGUACUUCCCUAUAAAAGGAGACCCAACCAAUCUUCCCCUGGAGUAAGAACUUUGCUAAGUCCGAACCCAUUGCCAUAAAAUACAACAGUCCUAGUUUAAUUUUAGUUUAUAGAUCCAAUUGUGUUACCUCUUUUUUUUUUUUGUCUUUUUUUUUUAUUUGUGGCAGAGACUCGUUAUGACUAAAUACGAAAUAUGCCAAUCACAUUUUAGAUAUAUAUUUAGAUAUAUACUGUGUAUGAAUAAAUUCGGACGAGAAGGAUGGAAGGGGAAGUGCGGUGCCCUUUCAACAUUUAUCCUUUAUUCGUUUAUUAUGUAAAUAUAAUUUGAUUUGUUAUUGCAGCUCAUUUUUGGCUACUUUUAUUUGUUACGGGUUGGCAUGGGAAUAUAUGUAUGUAUGUAUGUAUAUAUAUAGACCCUCUAUAAUCAAAAAACUAAGGCAUCGAUUUUUGUGUCCUGUCUUCUUCUCCCCGAUUUCUCCUCGACUUUUCCCCUGCCGUCCUCCCACUUAUCAUAUAAAUUAGAGUUGGGAUAUGCAAAUGCAUUCAAGACAAGGGGGUUGAUUGUGUAAAGGGGUCGUCGUGUCGAUUAUGAGAAACUUCUUUGGCUAGAUGAAAUGGAAAAAUUCCUUUGCCGCAGCCGGAAAAGUAUUCUCUGAAGAAUUUCCGAUUAAACUUUUCCUUUCUUCAUCUCUUUGCCAAAAACGAAAAACUCUCUUUUUUCGGCUUCGAAACUUUUUCGUUCGUUCGUCGCUCGCCGCUCGCUUUUUUUAUUUCAUUUUUAAUUUUUUUAAUUUAAUUUUUCUUUGUUUUUUUUUUUUUUUUUUUGGCUUUUUUCUUUUUGGAUUAGCAAAGGGGGUUGGCUUUGGUGGCCACUUGGCUGCCAUUAGAUCCGAAUCCCCUUAACCCUCUGCCGCCCCAUCAUCCAUCCCCCUUUUUAUUCAGCUGUUGUUCGCUCGACCACUUCAGCAUUUCUCCCCCCCCACCACACCACUCUACAUUCUCAAGCACUUUUUAUAAACCAAAUUAAAUUUAUAUGCCCCUACAGCUCAUGGCCCCACCGCCCGCUUCUUAACCCCUGCGCUCGCCCGAUGUCUGUGUUGUUUUUUUGUGGGCCAAGCCAAUCCCAGGCUCUCGACGCUGUCAACUGCCAAUUAGCUGAGCAUUUUUCAACAUUUUAAAUUGUCUUCCCAGAGUGCGUGGUGCCCCUCCCCGUUUUGUCCAAUGGGGCCUUUAGGGGGUUAAGGGGAGGGGAUAUUAGGUCUGGGCGACACUUGAGUGAGACGUCCAAGCGAUUUUGCUUUUAUAACCCCAAUACCCAUUAGCCACAAGGGCAUGUCCACUAAAAAUACCCUUUGGAAAAACAGUACAGUGUGUGUGCACUAUAAAGUCUGUAUAAAUUUCUUUUAUUUUUGAUUAACAAUAUUUAUGGGUUUACUGGGCUUCAAACUCCAUUCUUGCACUUCCAACUACUUAACUCAAAUCUUCCAAAUAAAUAUAUAUAUAUAUAUAUACUCGUAUUUACAUAGAAUAUUCUUAAAAAAAAAUACAACUAAAUGUGGACUGAAAACGUGUUAAACUUUGAUUCCUUUAAAUGUACAUUUCAAUAAUUUCCUAUUUUUUAUAUCACUUAUUUCUGAAUGUUUUCUAAUAAAUGUAAAGAACAAAUAUCAAAUUAGGUGUAUGUAUGAUUAACCAAUAAAAGUGUUAAUUUAUAUGAAAACAAAAAGACAUUUUGAACCUAGAAACAAAAGCAAGCUUAACCAAAUAAACUUCUUCCUGAUAAGCUAAGCAUAUUUAUAAAAAUAUCAGAUAUAUGAAAUCAUAUGAAAUAUCGUGUUUUUUUCUUUACUUACCUGAUAAAAUAUUUAAUUUAUAACCAAUUAAAACUGGAAAUUAACCAGUUAAGGAAAAUGUUAAUCAAAAUCUUGAUUUUUAUUUUACUUUCUAGCGUUAUAUACUUUUUUUUUUGCUGGAAGAAAAUUAAACUCUAUAAAAUAGUGAUUAAGAAAAUUCUUAUAAAAUAUUUAAGAUUCUAAGAUCUUUGUUUACUUCCUUAUUAAGUAAGAAUUAAUUUAAGUGUAAUGCAUUUACAACUCCGAAUCCACUUGAAGUCCACUCGCUUCCAAUUAGGAAUCCACCUGGUUCUGGAAUCCAGUUGGAUUUUCGAUUGCUUUUGAUCUUGGCAGUGCAAAAGAGAGGGUAACCCUGGUGCGAGAGUACUGCCCUUCUGGUCCCCCCUCUCGCUGUUUGUUUUAGUUGUUGCUUUUGUUGUUCGGCUGUCAGUUGUGCAGCGCGUGCUUCAUUUAUCAAAAAGCAAUUACAAUGUUAUUUCGAUAAAGAUGCUCCAAUGCUCCCAAUGGACACGCCCACACUCACGCCCCCGCCCACACCCUAAAAGACACACACACACACACACACACACACUGGCACACCUAAACAAACACACAAGAAAUGAAUUUCAGCGGGAGAGAGGAAAAAAUGGAAGAACAAGAAGAGAGUGGCCCACCUGCCAAAUCCAAAUCAUUUGCCAAAUUCCACUUCUCCUCCCCCUUAACCCUUAGCCGUGCUCCAAAACCUCGUUUUCCACCCCCAUCCUUAACCCCUAACCUGGCCCCACCCCGUUUAGCUUUUUGAUUUUUAUUUUGUAAUAUAAAUUAUCAAACAAACAAAAGUAAAAAAAAAAAAAACGGCAAACGUUAAGAAAACAAAAGCAAAUACAGUUGUGGUCAAAAUAAUAGCUGUGGAUUUUUCGGAAAAUUAAAAAAUAUGAUUUUAGAACAUUACUUAAAGAUGUUUAUAGAUUUUCAAUUGUAAUUGGUAAAAAAUCAACAGGACUGCAUUAUUUAUUUAUUUUCUUUGAUUAUUUUGUAUAUUUAAAAAUAAAAACAUUUUAAAGUAACAUACAAAAAAAAUAAUUUGUAUUUUUAUUUACAACUGUAACAAUAAAAAAUAUCUUCGAAGGACCUGCUACUAUUAUUCUGACCUCAGCUGUACAUAUAUAGAGUACCUACAAACAUAUUGUAUUACAACACGAUGGAGAUGAAAAAAAAAAAGUAAAAACAACAAAAAUUAUUAAUUCUAAGUAGACAAAAGAAAGAAGUGGACGAAGAUAAAGGAGAAGGAGAAGCAGAUGAAGCGCAAAGCAAACCAAAUAAAAUUAGACUACGACUAAAAGGCAAA